GGGGGCGGGCUUUAAUCUCCCGGCCCACUGUUUGGCUAUCUGCAGGGGCUGGCCUCCAAUUAUUGGUCACUGCCGCGAGGGCCGCCGGGACUCGCACUCGGCGGUUGUUCCAGAAGAAAGAGACAGCGAUGGCGGCAGAGGCUUCGAAGACUGGGCCUUCCCGGUCUUCCUACCAGCGGAUGGGGAGGAAGAGUCAGCCCUGGGGUGCCGCUGAAAUCCAGUGCACCAGGUGUGGAAGGAGGGUAUCCAGAGCAUCCGGUCACCAUUGUGAACUUCAAUGUGGACAUGCUUUUUGUGAACUAUGCUUGUUAAUGACUGAAGAAUGCACCACAAUUAUAUGCCCUGAUUGUGAGGUUGCUACAGCUGUAAAUACUAGACAACGCUACUACCCUAUGGCUGGAUAUAUUAAAGAAGACUCCAUAAUGGAAAAACUGCAGCCUAAGACGAUAAAGAAUUGUUCUCAGGACUUUAAGAAGACUGCUGAUCAGCUAACUACUGGUUUACUAAGUUCAGCCUCCACAGACAAGACUGUUUUGAACUCAUCAGCUGUAAUGUUGGACACUAAUACUGCAGAAGAAAUUGAUGAAGCAUUGAAUACAGCACACCAUAAUUUCGAACAGUUAAGCAUUGCUGGAAAAGCGCUUGAACACAUGCAGAAGCAAACGAUAGAGGAAAGAGAAAGAGUUAUAGAAGUUGUGGAGAAACAGUUUGACCAACUUUUGGCUUUUUUUGAUUCCAGGAAAAAGAACCUGUGUGAAGAAUUUGCAAGAACUACUGAUGAUUAUCUAUCAAAUUUAAUAAAGGCUAAAAGCUACAUUGAAGAGAAAAAAAAUAAUUUGAAUGCAGCUAUGAACAUAGCAAGAGCAUUACAAUUAUCACCUUCUCUAAGAACAUACUGUGACCUGAAUCAGAUUAUCCGGACUUUGCAGUUAACUUCAGAUAGUGAAUUAGCACAAGUUAGUUCUCCACAACUAAGGAACCCUCCCAGGUUGAGUGUGAAUUGCAGUGAGAUCAUCUGUAUGUUCAACAAUAUGGGAAAGAUUGAAUUUAGGGACUCAACAAAAUGUUAUCCCCAAGAAAAUGAAAUUAGACAGAAUGUUCAAAAGAAAUAUAAUAACAAAAAGGAACUUUCUUGUUACGAUACAUACCCACCGCUAGAAAAGAAAAAGGUUGACAUGUCUGUCCUAACCAGUGAAGCACCACCACCUCCUUUGCAACCUGAGACAAAUGAUGUACAUUUAGAAGCAAAAAACUUCCAGCCACAGAAAGACGUUGCAACAGCAUCCCCUAAAACCAUUGCUGUGUUACCUCAGAUGGGAUCUAGCCCUGAUGUGAUAAUUGAAGAAAUUAUUGAAGACAACGUGGAAAGUUCUGCAGAGCUAGUUUUUGUAAGCCAUGUAAUAGAUCCUUGCCAUUUCUACAUUCGGAAGUAUUCACAAAUAAAAGACGCCAAAGUACUGGAGAAGAAGGUGAAUGAAUUUUGCAAUAGGAGUUCACACCUUGAUCCUUCAGACAUUUUGGAACUAGGUGCAAGAAUAUUUGUCAGCAGUAUUAAAAAUGGAAUGUGGUGUCGAGGAACUAUCACAGAAUUAAUUCCAAUAGAGGGUAGAAAUACCAGAAAACCUUGUAGUCCAACCAGAUUAUUUGUCCAUGAAGUUGCACUAAUACAAAUAUUCAUGGUAGAUUUUGGAAAUUCUGAAGUCCUGAUUGUCACUGGAGUUGUUGAUACCCAUGUGAGACCAGAACACUCUGCUAAGCAACAUAUUGCACUAAAUGAUUUAUGUCUGGUUCUAAGGAAAUCUGAACCAUAUACUGAAGGGCUGCUAAAAGACGUCCAGCCAUUAGCACAACCAUGCUCAUUGAAAGACAUUGUUCCACAGAAUUCAAAUGAAGGCUGGGAAGAGGAAGCUAAAGUGGAAUUUUUGAAAAUGGUAAAUAACAAGGCUGUUUCAAUGAAAGUUUUUAGAGAAGAAGAUGGUGUGCUUAUUGUAGAUCUGCAAAAACCACCACCGAAUAAAAUAAGCAGUGAUAUGCCUGUGUCUCUUAGAGAUGCGCUAGUUUUUAUGGAACUAGCAAAGUUUAAGUCACAAUCACUAAGAAGUCACUUUGAAAAAAAUACUACUUUACACUAUCAUCCACCUAUUUUGCCUAAAGAAAUGACAGAUGUUUCAGUAACCGUUUGUCAUAUAAAUAGUCCUGGAGAUUUCUAUCUUCAGUUGAUAGAGGGCCGGGAUAUUUUAUUUCUAUUAAACACAAUCGAGGAAUUCUAUAAAAGUGAAGAUGGAGAAAAUCUGGAAAUCCUCUGUCCAGUUCAAGAUCAAGCCUGUGUAGCUAAAUUUGAAGAUGGAAUUUGGUACCGAGCAAAAGUUAUCGAACUUAACCAUUGGGAAUCUUGCUGGAAAAGUUGUAUAGAUAGAACAAAGCAACAGAAAUUAAUUAUUCAAAAACCGGUGAACUCUAGUUUGAUGUUGACUGUUUGUCUGUCCCAUGCUAUUUUGAUUGUCAAGGUACAAAUUAAAGGAUUGCCUGGACAUCAGGAAGUUGAAGUUAAAUAUGUAGACUUUGGUAAUACUGCAAAAAUAACAAUCAAAGACGUGCGUAAAAUAAAGGAUGAGUUUCUGAAUGCCCCAGAGAAGGCAAUUAAAUGUAAGUUGGCCUAUAUUGAACCAUAUAAAAGGACAAUGCAGUGGUCCAAAGAAGCUAAAGAAAAAUUUGAAGAAAAGGCUCAAGAUAAAUUUAUGACAUGUUCAGUUAUCAAAAUUCUGGAAGAUAAUGUGCUCUUAGUUGAGCUUUUCGAUUCUCUUGGUGCUCCUGAAAUGACUACUACUAGUAUUAAUGACCAGCUAGUUAAAGAGGGCCUAGCAUCUUAUGAAAUAGGAUACAUCCUCAAAGAUAAUUCUCAAAAGCAUAUUGAAGUUUGGGAUCCUUCUCCAGAAGAAAUUAUUUCAAAUGAAGUACACAACUUAAAUCCUGUGUCUGCAAAAUCUCUACCUAAUGAGAAUUUUCAGUCACUUUAUAAUAAGGAAUUGCCUGUGCAUAUCUGUAAUGUAAUAUCUCCUGAGAAGAUUUAUGUUCAGUGGUUGUUAACUGAAAACUUACUUAAUAGUUUAGAAGAAAAGAUGAUAGCUGCUUAUGAAAACUCAAAAUGGGAACCUGUUAAAUGGGAAAAUGAUAUGCACUGUGCUGUUAAGAUCCAAGAUAAAAAUCAGUGGCGAAGAGGCCAGAUCAUCAGAAUGGUUACAGACACAUUGGUAGAGGUCUUGCUGUAUGAUGUGGGUGUUGAACUAGUAGUGAAUGUUGACUGUUUAAGAAAACUUCAAGAAAAUCUAAAGACAAUGGGAAGACUCUCUUUGGAAUGUUCUCUGGUUGACAUAAGACCAGCUGGUGGGAGUGACAAGUGGACAGCAACAGCUUGUGACUGUCUUUCAUUGUACCUGACUGGAGCUGUAGCAACUAUAAUCUUACAGGUGGAUAGUGAGGAAAACAACACAACAUGGCCAUUACCUGUGAAAAUUUUCUGCAGAGAUGAAAAAGGAGAGCGUGUUGAUGUUUCUAAAUAUUUGAUUAAAAAGGGUUUGGCUUUGAGAGAAAGGAGAAUUAAUAAAUUAGAUAACAGCCAUUCAUUAUCUGAGAAGUCUCUGGAAGUCCCCCUGGAACAGGAAGAUUCAGUAGUUACUAACUGUAUUAAAACUAACUUUGACCCUGACAAGAAAACUGCUGACAUAAUCAGUGAACAGAAAGUGUCUGAAUUUCAGGAGAAAAUUCUAGAACCAAGAACCACUAGAGGGUAUAAGCCACCAGCUAUUCCUAACAUGAACGUAUUUGAGGCAACAGUCAGCUGUGUUGGUGAUGACGGAACUAUAUUUAUAGUACCUAAACUAUCAGAAUUUGAGCUAAUAAAAAUGACAAAUGAAAUUCAAAGUAAUUUAAAAUGCCUUGGUCUUUUGGAGCCUUAUUUCUGGAAAAAAGGAGAAGCAUGUGCAGUAAGAGGAUCCGAUACUCUGUGGUAUCGUGGCAAGGUGAUGGAAGUUGUAGGUGGCGCUGUCAGAGUACAAUAUUUAGAUCAUGGAUUCACUGAAAAGAUUCCGCAGUGCCAUCUUUACCCUAUUUUGCUGUAUCCUGAUAUACCCCAGUUUUGUAUUCCUUGUCAGCUCCAUAAUACCACACCUGUUGGGAAUGUCUGGCAACCAGAUGCAAUAGAAGUUCUUCAACAACUGCUUUCAAAGAGACAGGUGGACAUUCACAUUAUGGAGUUACCUAAAAAUCCAUGGGAGAAAUUGUCUAUUCACCUCUAUUUUGAUGGAAUGUCACUUUCUUAUUUUAUGGCAUACUAUAAAUACUGUACUUCUGAACAUACUGAGGAGAUGUUGAAAGAAAAACCAAGAUCAGAUCAUGAUAAAAAGUAUGAAGAGGAACAAUGGGAAAUAAGGUUUGAGGAAUUGCUUUCGGCUGAAACAGACACUCCUCUUUUACCACCGUAUUUGUCUUCAUCUCUGCCUUCCCCAGGAGAACUCUAUGCUGUUCAAGUUAAGCACGUUGUCUCACCUAAUGAAGUCUAUAUUUGCCUUGAUUCUAUAGAAACUUCUAACCAGCAUAGUGACACAGAUGAUAGUGGAGUCAGCGGGGAAUCAGAAUCCGAGAGCCUUGAUGAAGCACUGCAGAGGGUUAAUAAGAAGGUAGAGGCGCUUCCUCCUCUGACGGAUUUUAGAACAGAAAUGCCUUGCCUUGCAGAAUAUGAUGAUGGCUUAUGGUAUAGAGCGAAGAUUGUUGCCAUUAAAGAAUUUAAUCCUUUAUCUAUCUUAGUACAAUUUGUUGAUUAUGGAUCAACUGCAAAGCUGACAUUAAACAGACUGUGCCAAAUUCCUUCUCAUCUUAUGCGGUAUCCAGCUCGAGCCAUAAAGGUUCUCUUGGCAGGGUUUAAACCUCCCUUAAGGGAUCUAGGGGAGACAAGAAUACCAUAUUGUCCCAAAUGGAGCAUGGAGGCACUGUGGGCUAUGAUAGACUGUCUUCAAGGAAAACAACUCUAUGCUGUGUCCAUGGCUCCAGCACCAGAACAGAUAGUGACAUUAUAUGACGAUGAACAGCAUCCAGUUCAUAUGCCAUUGGUAGAAAUGGGGCUUGCAGAUAAAGAUGAAUAAGUGCCUAAGUAUUAAAAACUCAAGAUGUGAAUGCAAAAGCGCAUAGAAGAAAAUGGUGUACUUGUGGCCUGAGGAUUGAGAAGAAUUAAAGUCAUGAAAACCAAAAACUAUUUUAAAAGACUAGUAAAUUCAACAUUACAAGGAAAAACAUACAUUAAAAAAAACACAAACUGAAAAGCCAAACCCAGAUUGGGAGAAGAUAUUAGCAGUGCUUGUAACUGACAAAGGAUUACUAUGCGGAAUACUUUAUAAGGAGAAACACACACACACACACAUCCAAAAUUUUAAAUGGACAAAGGAAAUGAACAGGCAGUUCACAAAAGGGGAACCUCAAAUGCUGACUAAAUGUAAGAAAACAUGCUCACAGGGCCUUACCAGCUCACGGAAUCAACCACCAUUUUACAUCAACUGGCCAAAAUGUUAAAGUCUGGCCAGAUCAAGUGUUUGCAAGUAUGAAGAGCAUACUCUACUGACAGUAAAAAAAACUGGUACAACCAUGUUGCAGAGCAAAGGGAAAACCUCCAGCUGACAUGGCCUGGCAUCUUACUCUUCAUAUAUAUCCUAGAGAAGCCACAGGAUCAAGACACGCUCUGCAGCCCUAUUCAUUAUCAUGCAAACCUAAUUGCCCAUCUCCAGGAAUGCUGAACUGUGGAAGUAUACAAUGCAAUCUACAUAGCUAUUAAAAUCAAUCAACUGGAGUUUUUAUGUGUUAAGAUGGGUAAGUCAUACAGUAUUGAGAGAAAAAAACAAAUUGCAGAAGGACACACAGAAUAUGAAACAAUACUACAGGGUGAGUGUCCCUUAUCAGAAAUGCUUGGGAGCAGUAUUGCAGAUCUCCAUUUUUUUUUCAAGUUUUGGAAUAUUUGCAAAUACUUAUUGGUUGAGCAUCCUUAAUCCACAUUCAAAAUGCUCCAAUGAAUGUUUCCUUUGAGCAUCAUGCUUGCCCUCAAAAAGUUUCAGAUUUGGGAUGCUCGAACAGUAUAACAAUUUAUGAACGCAACAAGGUAAAAUAAUUUAAAACCGAAGCAUGGACCAUUAUCAGGGUAGAAAUUAACUGGCGGAAUAAGAUGAUGCACAGGAGCUUCAAUUACAUUUAUUAAUUCAAAUUCAUUCAAAUGUUCAAAAACAUUUAUUAAGAAAUGUUUUAUUAAGUUGGGUAUAAAUUGUUUAUUCCUUACAUUCUGAAAUGUUUUAUAAAAAGAUCAUGCAGCCUCUUACCUUGCAUUGGAAGAUAAUUUUUCUUGUAUUUUUCUACCUGGGUUCCUGAAGAAAUCUGACUGUUUUGAAAUCGAACAGAUGUGUUCUAUAGUAUAAGAGAUAAUUUUUUAUUUAAAAUGAGUGUUAGUCUAUUAAUACACUAAGUGAAACUAAUAAAACUCAGCUAGUGCU